AUGUCGACCUCGGAAGAUCACAAGAAGGACUUUCUUUUCCUGACAACACUCCGUGAUGAUGACGUAUUAGACGAUCUAGAGAGAGACAUGCUUCAAACCAUCAACGAAAUAUGUCAGCAAAUCAGGCUCUUUUACGCAUUAGAAGCAGAGUGGUCUCAUUAUGGAUGGAGUAUAGGAAUGUCCAGGUUAUUUCUAGGAGUCAACUAUUCCCUGACGUGGGGAGGAAAGCAACUGCUUAUAGUGAACUGGUUUCUGAGAACAGCAAAUGUGACAAAAGAAAAAUUCCUCCGCCUUACCCAGCGCUUCCUUCUCUUCGACGCAAUAUACAUGAUUCUGGUAAAGUACGAUGAAGUAGCAUCAGCAACAAGAAGAAACUUUGUCGAGAAUAUGAAGUUCAAGAAAGAAAGAGUCAAGAUCGGAAUGGAACUCGCUAAACUGGAACUGGAAAUAAAUAAAAAUAUCAACAAGAUGUCCCAAGAACUUGGCCUAACAGAAAAGAUAGUCAAUGAUGAGAACAGCACAACAGCUCUGUUCCCGAAGGAGAAGGAACUACUAUGGCAGGAAUUCAAUAACAAGAUUGAAGGAAUAGAAGACAACGUUGAAGAUAUCAUGCCGUCGUCACUAAAUUUGAAUCCGGAGUCAGUGGAGUUACCGAUGGCAAUGAAACAGAAGAAACGCAAAUAUUCCAUAAAAAAAAGGACGAGCCAGGAUGAAAGAGACGAUAGCUAUCCAGCGGAAAUAGUCGAAGAAGUAAAGGAUGAAGGAGACGAUAGCAAUGAUGAACCAGCAAUAGCGCUACCUCCAGUUCGGAAACACGAAGAUCCACCUGGAAUUGGAGACGAUCCGGACCAUGCCAAAAGAAGAGAACUGUACGAGCCAGACUCAGCGACCCGUAUAGAGGAACUGGAGAGGGAUAUCGACCAUCUUCACUAUGAACUAAACUUCCUUAAACAGAGGAAGACUGGAGAAUCUUCGACAGGUGUUGAGUCGUAUAUCAAGUGUAAUUUCUGCAAUCAAUCGGAACACACUACUCCGACUCCUGUCCUGAGAUGGUCAAUGGAAAAAAACAGAUAUGACUUUAUUUCGCGAAAAGGAUUAUGCCAAAACUGCCUUGACGAUUGCGAUCCCCCGGGAACCUGCAAGAAACGUAAUAAACCAUGGUGGUAUUGCCAAGUAGUAGAACGGAGAUACUCGAGUUCCUAA